CAGUUGAAAGCAAGUUGAAGAAAAAGACACUCCCCUGACAGGAGCUGGAGACGAGUCCUGCAGCCCUGUCUGCCAGCCACACCUCUUGCUUUAGCUUAAAACCACCCCCUCAAGCCCCGGAGACAGAUUGGCAGCUGAACUGAUUUUCCAGAGGCAGCAUGGACAUCAAGGAGUAUUUCAUCAGAAUCUCUUACCAGGGCUCCUACGACAAGCCAGACCUGGCUACCUUGACAGAUAUUUUCCAGCACCACAUCCGAGCGGUCCCGUUUGAAAACCUCAGCAUCCACUGCGGGGAAAGCAUUGAGCUGAACCUGGAGGCGACUUACAACAAGAUAGUGAGGAAGAAACGUGGGGGCUGGUGCAUGGAAAACAACCACCUUUUAUUUUGGGUCCUGGAAACGCUCGGCUACAACGUCACCCUUCUGGGAGCAAAAGUUUACAUCCCGGAGUACGAGGCGUAUGCAGAUGACAUCGAUCAUCUGCUGCUAAAGGUGGUGCUUGGGGACAAAUCCUACAUCGUGGAUGGUGGGUUUGGGAUGGCCUACCAGAUGUGGCAGCCAAUGGAGCUGAUUUCAGGGACAGACCAGCCACAGACUCCUGGGGUCUUUCGCUUCGUGGAGGAGAGCGGGGUCUGGUACCUCGAGAAGGUGAAAAGGAAGCAGUGGGUUCCCAACCAAAGCCUUUCCAUUCCCCGUAAAGUUGAAGAAGAAGUUUGCCGCCGGGUUUAUCUCUUUACCCUUCAGCCACGAGACAUCGAAGAGUUCAGAGCCCGCAACACCCACCUGCAGACAGCUCCAGACUCGCUCUUUGUGACAAAGUCAAUCUGCAGCCUGCAGACCUCCGAUGGCAUCCGGGCUCUGGUGGGGUGGAAGCUCACCGAAAUGAAGUACAAUUAUAAGGAUAAUAUGGAUCUGGUGGAAAUCAGAAUCCUUGCAGAUGAAGAAAUGGAGAAAACGCUGAAAGAGAAAUUCAAUAUAACACUAGACAAGAAAUUUGUACCCAUCAAUGUGAGCAGAUUGUCUCUGUUUUAACUCACUGCCUGAAUUAUAAUUCAAUCCAGUGGCAUUACGUGCAAUCCCUCCCCCUCUUUCUGACAAAGAUCUAAAGGUUGAGCUUUCUCUUUCUGUCUGUACCAGCGUAAGGCAGAACAUAUUAGCAUGAAUCUGGAAAAGAAAUUGAUUUUUCACAACUGCUCCUGCAUCUCUUUUUGGUUUGAGUACAAAUAAUUUCUUCAUAGCUCAAUCAAAUGACUGCCCUUCUGUUUGUGCUUAGCUGGAAGCAGGCUCUGCCCAUCCCCUACUCCUUUCAUCUCUUAAAAGCUUUUCCAAACACAUCCAAAGUGGCAGGGCAGAGCGAUGGAGCUGUAUAUCUCUUUAUUACUUUCCUCUACCACCUGGGGAAAAUCAUACACACUUCUUAAAUUAAUAGCAUAUUAUUUCUGGAAUUUAAUAGCUAGAAAAACAAAGUCAUCCAGUGCCAAGUUUGCAACAGUUAAGCCAUAAGCCCACCCUUUCUACUCCAGCAGUCACACCUCCUUCUCUCGCGGCAGUCUGACGGUCUCAUGCCUGUGCUGCACUUUGUGAAUACUUAUGGACUGGCUAUUUAUGGCCUAAAACUGAUGAUGAGAAGAGCAGACAAUGCUGCCUUGUUUCAGACUUUACAUGAAUCCUGUUCUCUCAGUAACAUAAACCAAACCCACUAUUUCUUUGAAUUAAAAGCAUCCCUUGCACUUGUUAGCUCCUGCCCGGCAGCAGACGGCUGGGAAUACACUCAUCUCACGAGUGCCACGACUCUCUGAGUACCACUGCACACGAAUUACUGUGCCUAAACUCAAACACAUGCACAGGAUUAUUUUUUCUUAAGUGUAUCUCUUCUACUGAGGAUGUGUUUGCAGUGUUCCUAAUUAUAUUGAUAUAAGGAGAAACAAUGAAUCUUAAUCAGAUACCUAAAGGCUACGAUUUUUAGUGUGAGAAAUUACUCAGAGGUAACGGUUUUGCCCUUUGAGAUGAUGCUUGGUGUUUCUUUAUGUACAAACCAUGAAAGCAUUACAACUCUGCACUUAGAACUAAGUAAAUUAUAUAAAUGAAUUACAAUUAAAUUAAAAAAAUCAAGAAUUGUGCAGUACCAGUAUUCAGCUGUUUGUUUGCUUCCCCCCCCUCCAAAAUUAGUACAUGCAGUGCCAGAGUAAAAAAUUUAAUGAAUCCCUGCAGUUGUCCUGAUUAUUUGUAUGUGCUAACAUUCUGCAGCUAAGGCUUUUAAAAUUACAGUAACUCACU